UUUCAGAACAAUCGUACCAAACCCUAAGACCCUUCUCUCAGCUUCUGUUGAGCUGAUUAAUUUAUCUUUCAAUUCCGAUCGCCCUCGUGGAUUCGAUUCUUCUUCUUCUUUUUAAUUUCUCCGUUUCACUUCUCAAAUGAUUAAUGGAAAGGGGACUUGCGAGAACAACCUCGCCCAAGUCGCCUCUGCCGAUCCUUUGGAUUUAUCCCAUUUGAGAUCGGACGGCGCCUCCACUGCAUCGUCGCCGCACUACUCAUCUUGUGGAGAAUCCCAAUUCGAACGUUAUUGCAGCGCGAACUCGGUGCUUGGAACUCCGAGUUCGAUAGCUACAUUCAAUGAUUGUUUCGGAGAAUCCGAGUUCGGGUCAGUGAGGAGUAUUAGUGGUUUUGCAUUAGGUGAUGAUUUUGAGAGUUUCAGUCUGGAGGGUAACCCAAGAGUUCCAUCUAAUCGGAUAAUUGAGUUUGGGAAAGACAGAAUCGAAGAAGGUAGCUCUUCAUGUUUGGAUGUGAAUUUAAGGAAGGGAGAUGGGAAUUUGUCAAGAUAUGAGCAGCAUUCAGAAGGGACAGAUUCGAGUUAUAACUAUGGGACGGAUGAUGACGAAUGUAAGAAUAAUUCUUACUAUAGGAAGAAAGAAGAUGAGAAUAAGAAUGUGAACGAGAAUCCUUUGGGGAUUAAUUCGUCUGUGGCGUUUGGUGGCAAUGAUUGGGAUGAUUUUGAGCAAGAAGUGGGCAUGGAUGAUCUGGCUUCUUUCAUGCUAGAUGCGUCCAUCGCUAGGAAAAAAGUCCAAGGUGGGGAUGAAUUGCAAGAGAAUUUUGAUACUUCUGGUGUAUUUCCUUCUGGUUUUUCAAGUCCAGGUGAAACCGAAUUUGUAGAAGUAAAAGACAUUUCUGUUGCUGAAGUUACAGUAGAAGAGGCAAAAUGUUAUUUUUUAGAUGCUGUCAGUUCUCCAAUGUCGAAAGAUAUUCCUAUUACUAGAAUUCAGCUCCAAGAUGCUGAUGAUGAUGUGGGCUAUCUACAAACUUGCUCUGUUACUGAUGUCUUCGCAAUGGACCCGGAUCCGCAGGUAGAAAAAGCCCCCGUGGAUAUAGGAUUGAAUGUUGUCGAUUCUGAUAGGGAAAUCGACAAGUGUAAAGCAGAACUGGAUGCCCUCAAUGAUUGUGUCCAUCCAGUUGACUCUCCUCAAAAAGCAAAUGCAGAGCUGUAUGACGAUUGCAAACCAGAUGCUCCCAUAUCUACUAGUGAAAGUGUAGCGAGCACUACACUCAAGAAUCGUCCUGUGCCAGUAGAUGAAUUUGAAGAACAUUCUGGAAUGGUUAAGAUGAAGAAUCUUGAGCUAAAUGAAUUUUAUGAUGAGGUUGUCCAUGACAUGGAAGAAAUUUUGCUUGAUUCUGUUGACUCUCCUGGAGCCAUGUUUUCUCAGGGUAAUAGUAUUUACCAACCACAGUUACCACUUCCUCCAAGAGAUGGAGGUUCAAAUCCCUCUACUUCGGGUGCAGACGAUGCUCACCUGCACUCUGCACGUCUACUGAGAAUAGAUCAUGUUGAAGUGGUGGGUGCAAAGCAGAAGAAAGGGAAUGUCUCCUUUAGUGAAAGAUUAGUUGGGGUAAAGGAAUACACUGUGUAUAAGAUAAGAGUGUGGACUGGCAAUGACCAGUGGGAGAUUGAACGCAGAUACCGUGAUUUCUGUACUCUUCAUCGUCGCUUAAAAUCGACAUUCUCUGAACAAGGUUGGAUUCUUCCUCCUCCCUGGUCAUCUGUAGAAACAGAAUCUAGAAAGUUAUUUGGGAAUGCGUCUCCAGAUGUUGUUUCUGAAAGAAGUGUUCUUAUUCAAGAAUGUCUACGUUCCAUUAUCUAUUCCAGAUUUUCUUCUAACCCUCCAAGUUCAUUGAUCUGGUUUUUGUCUCCUCAAGAUGCAUUUCCUGGCAUCCCUCCAUCCAAUACCAAUUUGUCGCAAACUGCUUUAUUUUCAAGAGGGCGAGACACUAAAAAUAGUUCUCCUUUAGGGAAGACUAUAUCGCUUAUUGUUGAAAUUCGAGCUCCCAAAUCAACGAAACAGAUGUUAGAAACCCAACAUUACACUUGUGCUGGAUGCCACAAACAUUUUGAUGAAGAAAUGACUCUGCUGCGAGAUUUGGUCCAAUCAAUUGGAUGGGGAAAGCCUAGACUUUGUGAAUACACUGGGCAGUUGUUUUGUUCUUCCUGUCAUACAAAUGAGAUGGCAGUCUUACCAGCAAGAGCGUUGCAUCAUUGGGAUUUUACUCGAUAUCCAGUUUCUCAAUUGGCUAAAUCAUAUCUGGAUUCUAUACGUGACCAGCCCAUGCUUUGUGUCAGUGCAGUUAAUCCCUUCCUAUUUUCAAAGGUUCCGGCUCUGAACCAUGUUAUGGGCAUCAGGAAAAAAAUAGGAAAGAUGCUUCCCUAUGUUCACUGUCCAUUUCGUAUGUCGAUAAACAAAGGACUUGGAUCUCGAAGAUAUCUUCUUGAAUGCAAUGAUUUUUUUGCACUUAGAGAUCUCAUUGAUCUAUCCAAAGGAGCUUUUGCAGCUCUUCCUGUUAUGGUGGAAACUGUAUCAAGGAAAAUUGAGGAGCAUAUUGUAGAGCAGUGCCUCAUAUGUUGUGAUGUGGGAGUCCCCUGCAACGCUCGCCUUUGUAAUGACCUGCCUUCUCUCAUAUUUCCUUUUCAGGAAGGUGAGAUUGAAAAGUGCAUGUCCUGUGGAUCAGUUUUCCAUAAGACCUGCUUUAAAAUGAUUGCAAACUGUCCUUGUGGGGCACUACUUAGAGCAGAUGAGGCUAUGAGGGGUUCAAGUAGUUCUAUUGGUGGUUUGAGUUUUGGGGCCAAUGGAACAUUGGGCUCGUUAGGGAAGAGGUCAAGCGGUGAAUUGUUGCCUGUGGGUUUCCUCUCUAGACUAUUUUCAAAGACAAAGCAAGAAGGGAUGGAGCACAAAGACAACGAAAAUACCAUUUUAAUGGGUUCUCUGCCAGGCAGUUAUUUGUGAUCACAUGUGUUGUAUGCUAUGUACAGAGUUUGAUUUCAUGACUGGGAAUUCAUUUGUUUGACCUUGGUUCAUAUAAUCUAAACAAUCAAAACUCGUUGAUACCAAUUUUACCAAGUCUAUGGUGAGAUUCCUAACAACUUUUCUUUGACAUUUUGUGCUUUUGUUAUCAAUAAAUAUCUUCCAAUUUGCGCCCUUAAGUACAGUUUACUUCAUCUCCUUCCUGUUGUAUUAAAUGGAAGCCUAUGUUGUUGCAGCAGGUGCUGACGGCUGAUCAGCCAAGCCUCUUCAAUGAAACAUAAAGAAAGCUGUCUGAACGGGCAUCAUAGAUUUACGAAACUGGUGGUGGUCUAAG